CUGCAGGGGUACUAUAUAUAAGUAAAAGCCCUCAGUAGCAAUAGCAAUGUUAUGAAGUAUACACAGAUCAAAACCAAAGCCAAAACCAUGACAUCUUCAGCAAUGUAUGAAGUAUGCUCUCUAGUUUGUCUUAUCUUCUGUUUUCAGCAGAUUCGAUCACCAAACCUUGCUUUCGCUUCUGCGUCGUCCACUACUGAAGUAGAAGCUCUUCUCAAAUGGAAAGCCAGCUUUGGAAAUCUCACCCACAAUGCUCUGACCUCUUGGACUUACCAUCCCAGCAAUUCCACCAAUUCUUCAAAUGCAAGCCCAUGCACUUGGACUGGUAUUUCAUGCAAUGCUGCAGGAAGUGUCAACAACAUAACCCUUUUCUAUUCUGGUUUACAAGGUACGCUGCAUGAAUUUUCAUUCUUGUCCUUCCCCAAUCUUGCUUAUAUCGAUCUGAGCAUGAAUGACUUCUUUGGUGCCAUCCCGCCUCAAAUCUUCUACCUCUCCAAACUAUUCUAUCUUGACCUGUCUUAUAAUCAGUUGUCCGGGAAAAUCCCACCAGAAAUCGGUCUCCUAACAAGUCUUGAGUUCCUGUAUCUAAUUGAAAACCAGUUAGAAGGUCCAGUUCCUGUUUCUAUGGGUAAUUUGAGCAGCCUGACUUCUUUGUAUCUCCCUGGCAAUCAUCUUUCUGACUCCAUUCCACCAGAAAUGGGAAAGCUCUCUAAUUUGGUUGGACUGUAUAUGCAGAACAACUCUUUUACCGGGUCCAUCCCUCCAAGUUUGGGUAACUUGAAAAAGCUAAAGACAUUGUACCUUUUUCAGAAUAAGCUUUCUGGCACUAUUCCAAAAGAGAUAGGGAACUUGAAAUCUAUGGAGAUUCUAAGUUUCUGUGAGAAUCAACUUAAUGGUUCAAUCCCCGUGUCUCUAGGAAAUCUCAGUAACAUGACCGAGUUCUCUCUAGCUACCAAUAAUCUUUCUGGUAUAAUUCCCAAAGAGAUGGGAAACUUGAAAUCUGUAGUGGAUUUAAAUUUGGGAGAGAAUCAACUCAAUGGUUCAAUCCCACUUCCUCUGUUUGAUUUAAGUAACCUUGUCAGUCUCAAUCUUGUUUCCAAUAAUCUUUCGGGCACUAUACCAAAGGAGAUAGGAAACUUGAAAUCUCUUAAGAGCAUAGUUUUGACCAAUAAUACACUUACUGGUUCAAUCCCGUCAUCUAUGGGUGAUUUGAGAAACCUUACUCAUCUCUAUCUCGCUGCUAAUAAACUUUCUGGCGCAAUUCCUGAAGAGUUGGGGAACUUAAAGUCCCUGGUGUUUCUUAUUUUGAGUGUGAAUCAACUUAGUGGUCCAAUUCCAGCAUCUCUUGGUGAUCCGAGUAACCUUACCUGUCUUAAUCUUAAUGAUAAUGAACUUUCUGGCACUAUUCCUAGAGAGAUAGGGAACUUGAAGUCCCUUGUGGAGAUAGAUUUGAGCCAGAAUCGACUUAGUGGUUCAAUUCCAGCUUCAUUUGGUGACUUGAGUAACUUGGAAAUCUUAUUCCUUCGUGAUAACAGACUUUCCGGCUCCAUCCCCAAAGAGAUAGAGAACCUCAAGAAGUUGCUUAAACUGCAUUUGGAUACUAACCAACUUUCUGGUUCUUUGCCCCAAAAUAUUUGCUAUGGUGGAUCACUCACAAACUUUUCAGUAAACAGCAACAAUUUGGUUGGUCCAAUCCCCAGAAGCUUGAAAACCUGCACAAGUUUAUUCAGAGUGAAUCUUCAGGGGAACAAAUUGACAGGCAACAUUUCUGAAGACUUUGGUGUCUAUCCAAAACUUCAAUAUAUUGAUCUCAGCCACAAUGACUUGUAUGGUGAAAUCACAAGCAAAUGGGGACAGUGCCCGCAACUAACAACCUUGAAAAUUGCGGGAAACAAGGUAACUGGUAGUAUACCACCUGAAAUUGGCAAAGCAGCUGAAAUUCAUGAACUCGAUCUUUCUUCAAACAGUUUAGUUGGGAUGAUUCCCAAGGAACUUGGGAGAUUGACUUCUUUGCUUGAGCUGAGGUUGGAUGGAAAUCAGCUUUUCGGUGGUAUCCCUUCAGAAUUUGGAUCAUUGACUAAUCUUGAAUAUCUUGAUCUGUCGACAAACAAAUUCAAUGGGUCAAUUCCAAGCAUUCUAGGGGCCUUUCUCAACUUAAACCACUUGAAUUUGAGCAACAACAAGUUCGGACAAGGAAUUCCAUUUCAGUUGGGGAAGUUAGAUCACCUGUCCGAACUAGAUUUAAGUCACAACUUGCUUGAAGGUAAGAUACCAUCAGAGUUGAGCAGUAUGGGGAGUUUAGAGAAGCUAAACCUUUCCCACAACAAUCUUUCUGGUUCCAUUCCCACAAGUUUUGAAAGGAUGAGUUGGUUGACUUCCAUUGACCUAUCCAACAAUGACUUGGAAGGGCCCCUUCCCAACUGCACUGGAUUUCAAAAGGCUAGCCCAGAAGCACUUCAAGGGAACAAAGGAUUGUGUGGCAAUGUUGCAGCUCUGCCGCCUUGCAAACAGAACUCCAAAACGGACCACAAACUCAUAUUUUUCAUACUGUUCCCUCUGCUGGGAGCACUUGCACUUCUGGCUGCCUUCUUUCUAUGUGUCUUUGGAAGAGAAAGAAAAAAGAAAGAGGAGACUCUAAGUCAAGACACCAAGCCCCGUCAUGAAGGAAUUUUUAUUUCGUCAAUACUAAAUUUUGAUGGAAAAGUGAUGUAUGAGGAAAUCAUAAAAGCCACAGAAGAUUUUGAUUCCAAAUAUUGCAUUGGGAAGGGAGGACAUGGGAGCGUCUAUGUAGCAAAUUUGCCAUCUGCCAACAGAGUUGCUGUAAAGAAACUCCACCAGCUAUGCAACGAUGAGCAGAAUCUUCAGAAGGAAUUCUUGAAUGAAGUAAGGGCACUAACACAGAUACGACACCGAAACAUCGUGAAGCUUCAUGGUUUCUGUUCACAUACACGACACUCAUUUCUGGUGUAUGAGUACCUAGAAAAGGGUAGCAUGGAAUCAUUGUUAAGCAAUGAUCAUGAAGCUAAAGAAUUAGGUUGGAGUAGAAGGGUGGUUAUUGUGAAGAGUGUAGCUCAUGCCUUGAGUUACAUGCACCACGACUGCGUGCCACCAAUUGUGCAUCGAGACAUAUCAAGCAAGAACAUUUUGCUGGAUUCUGAAUAUGAGUCCUGUGUCUCAGACUUUGGCACUGCAAAGUUUUUAAACCCAGACUCAGCCAAUUGGACUGCCCUUGCAGGCACAUAUGGGUAUGUAGCACCAGAGCUGGCAUAUACAAUGGAAGUGAAUGAGAAAUGUGAUGUGUACAGCUUUGGAGUACUAGCAUUGGAAAUUAUUAUGGGAAGGCAUCCAGGAGAUCUUAUCUCAUCUUUAUCAUCAGGGCCAUCAUCCUCCUCUACACCACUACCUGCCCAUCAAAUGCCAAUUGUGGAUAUUCUGGACCAACGCAUUUCCUCUCCUACUGAUGAAGUACCAAAGGAAGUGGUCUCUGUUGUGAAGAUUGCGUGUGCAUGUCUGAAUGCACAUCCACAAUCUCGCCCGACAAUGAAACAAGUAUCUCAAAACCUCUCAACUCAAAGGCUGGAAUUAUCAAAGCCAUUGCAUAUCAUAACAUGGGGUGAUUUGCUUACCCUCGAUGCUUUGGCUACUUGAGAAUGUGCUUCUUUCCUAUAUAUCACUCUAUGUCAGAAUAAGAGUUCUUCAAACUUUUCUUAGAUGUUACAAUUUCUUGGCCACUACUUGCAUGCUCAGGGUGCUGUGUGCUCAGUUUUAUCCAUAGCAUGGGUACUAUAUGACAGAAUUUUUCCUUUGUAAGUGAUAUAUGAAAUUUAAUUUACUGUUGAACACGUAGAUAUUUCUAAAAUCACUUAAAUGUUCAUAUUUAUGUUCUCCCAGUUUGGGGUUU